AGUAUGUUUUGUCUGUUUCGUUUUCUAUAACCUUGCUCCAUAAUUUUAGUUAUGUUACAAUGUUUUUGCGUCUAAUUUUGGCACGUGGUAACGACUGAAUACAAGAAAUUUGCAUUUUAUAACAUUUCUUUUUGUGAUCAUUAACACAAUAUCAUAUCAGAUUUCUUGGAUAAAACAGAUCUAGGAUCUACUUGAUAAUUCAACGGAGUCUAAGCAACUUAUCUAGUGAGUUGGAUAUUUCAUGAGCUUUUUGACAUGAUGAGGGACUUACGGAUUCCUAUCGUAUUGGUGAUUCCAGUGUCUAUUGCACUUAUUGGAGUUUUGUGGAUCUUAAAAAAAAGAUCAGGGCCUAAAGGCGAUAGCAGGAAAAAGUUGGCUAAACCUAAGGCAGAGGCAGCUAGCACCGAGAAAACUGUAGAACAAACUAAGCAAAUCGACAAUGAAGGCAUUACAGUUACUCAGCGCAAAAUACCAGAGACACUUGCCAGAGAUCGCGGAAGUGCAGAUUUAAAUUGUACUGGUCCUGACAUUAUUGCUGGUGCUGAUACAAGGGAGAUAUCUGGUGGUGCUAAGGACAUCAGUGAGGCAGUUGAACAAAAGCCUUUAGAUCAUGAGAUACAUGCAAUCACAUCAAUAAGAAUUAAUAGUAGAGACUGCAAACAAAUUAGUUUGUCUGAGAAAGAAAGACCUAAGUCACCAUUGGAAGACAGAACACAAAAUAAUAGUUUUUUGGAUAUUGUUGAACUACAAAACUUUCAAUUAGAAAAUUUACUAUCAGGUGCAAAGGACUCAUUGACCAAUCCAGAAACUGUGCUACCAGAAAUAUCACAUAGACACUCAGAAUCAUUGGAUCUACAGCCUGAUACAGUAUCAGAUUCUAAAGCAGUCACUGUUUCAGAGGACUUGAAGUCUGAUUCAGACAAUGCUCUAAUAAAUACACAAGAAGUUUUUGAACUUGCUCGCGAGUCAGAUCCAAACAUUUCACAAAGCACUGCAGUAGUAUGUGAACCUGCAAGUGAAUUGAAAAGCUACAAAGACAUAGAGCUAGAUGAACUCAAAGAUUCUUCAAUUUUCAGCGAUGAUAUUGAGAAUAAAGAGAACAUGGUUGAUGAUAUUGAGAAUAAAGAGAAUAUUGUUACAGGAAAACCUUUAGAAGAUGCUUUGAAUUUUUCUCACAUCCCUCAAGAUAAGUUGUCAGCUGUUUUGUCCUUUGAAGAAAUUGAGACCCAGUCCCAGCCUGUUCAGCAGUCCACUCCUGUCCCAAAAGCCAGGGAAUCAGCCGCUUGUCUCAGCUCUGAAAGAACUUCUGAAUAUAAGGUUGUAGAAGAAGUGCUUUUAUGCAAGGAUCAGGACUCUGGUCAUGACGUAUCACCUCUUGUAGGUCAGAAAGUUGAAUCAGGUCAUGAUCUAGUUCUGAUUUCUACUGGUGCAUCUACUGAGCUCAUGGCAUUUCAUGUUAACACUUUGAGUGAAAAUGUCAGUCCGAAUUAUUUUAAAAAUCCUGUAAAUUCAUGUGAUAAUCCGGCAGUGUCAGAUGUGGAGGAUGUUAGUCAUUUAGAUUCAUUAGAGCUAGCAAUAUGUGACCAGUCCAGUUUUCCUGCAUGUCUUUCCUCCACAAAAGAUGUAACAUCAGACAGUCUUCUUAUUGAUAGUGUUUCAACUGGUGAAGUACACACUACCAACGAAAACUGGUGUGACACUGACCACAGUUCAUUUGAAGAUUUGCUAGCUAUACGUGACACCAGCAAGGGAACAUUACCAUGUGAAAGAUACAGUGCCAGAUCCUUGUCGCCACCAACCCUUGCUUCCACAUUUAACUUACAGAACUUAUCCACCCUAGAUCCCUGUACAGACUAUAAGAUCAACUGGAGUAGUGAAACAACAGCAGAUGAACCCCUUCUCACAGACUCUGUGAUAACAGUCUCAGAUUCCAGUUUUUCUUCCAUUCAGCCCUUACCAGAGAACAUGAGUCUGUCUCAGGGAUUAAUCUCUCCAGAUCUUGGAGUUGAGACCAGUGAGCUGUUACAGCCUAUUGAUAUAGUAGAUAACAAUAACUUGGCAUCCAAUGAGCACAAACCUGGAUCUCCUACCAAAUCAAGCUCUCCCAUGUGUGAUAAUAACAGUGAGGGCUCUAAUGACAGUGGACGUGGGGGAAGUGAGCAUGAUGUUGCUGGACACUCUGGUGAAACUCUCGUCCACUUUGAUUUCAAUAUGCCCUCUGAACUGUGUGGCCGCUUCAUUGGGAAGCAAGGCAAGAACAUCAACUUCCUGAAAAGCAAAACUGGAGCAAAUGUCUCACUGAUCAAUAAUCCAUACACUGCAGAAUAUCAAAUUUGUCAGGUUGUAGGUACACAAUUGGAAGUAGAUGAUGCACUUGCCAUGAUCAGAAGAAAAUUUCCACUCAAUGAAUUUCCUCUUCUAACAAUGCUGCCAAUUAAUGUGAACCCUGUGGUCCCAGCACCAAUAGUAGAACAUCCACUUAUUGUUCCAGAAGUAAUGCAGCUCAGCUUGCCAGAGGGAGUUUCUGUGGAGGUUUUUGUCUCAGCUAUUGUGGAUGCUGGUCACAUAUUUGUACAACAGCCAACUCAUCGUUCUUUUAUGUCUCUGGAGAAACUGACCUACUUUUUAAACACUGUGUAUGGUCAAGAUCCAAAUGUUCCAUGUGUUCCAACCCCAGUUGAAUAUGGUAUAAUUUGUGUUUGUGAAAAUGAUGGCUGUUGGUACAGAGCUAUGAUUAUGAGCCCUGAGAAUGAGGAUGGGGAGACGCAAGUGAAGUUUGUUGACUAUGGAGGUUACGCUGUUAUGCCAGUAUCUAGUCUGAAACAGAUCAGGACAGAUUUUAUGUCUCUGCCUUUUCAGGCGGUGGAAUGUUUUAUGGCAAACAUAACACCAAAUCAAGGUGAGGCUUUCUUUAGUGAGGAAGCCACCAUGACAUUAAGCUCAAUGACUGAGUACAAACUGCUACAGUGCCAGGUGGUAGCACGCACAGAGAAUGGAAUUCCAUACAUCCACCUCUACCAAAUAAACCCUGAGAGCAAUAGUGCUGUGAUGAUCAACAGAGCUCUGGUCAAUGGGCAAUAUGUGAGAUGGAUAGAAAUACUGUAGCCACAAGGACUAGCUUUGCAGAUUUUGAAUUGAGAAGAUCAACCACCUUCUAAUGUUCAGGGGAAACCAUCGCAGCUGAGAUGUGCAAUUUUGUCAUUGUUUCAACUGUCUUAAAUCUUUCUUUCAAGAUUUAUCAUGUGAUGUAUAUGUUUGUAUAUCUUUGAAUAUAACCAACUUAGUAUUCUGUUUACUUUGCAACAAUUUCAUGAAAUGUUUCCUUUAGUUUUUUAGAGACUGUUGCUAACGGUACUAAUAAUGCAAAAACUUUUGUAUAGAGUUCAAUUUUUUUUUCUUGGUAAUAGAAAUGUAUUUUUCAAAAUGUACUUACAGACUUGUUUUAUCAAUAACAUCUCUGUAUUAAUUAUCUUAAUCUAGUGAACAUACACCAGAUUUCUUUUUUAUGGUAUUUAACAUGUUUGGGUGAUUCUUAAUUUUCUCAGUUUUGAUAACAUAAACCUGGUAAUCACCCCUUUCAGACCUUAAAAUCUAUAGAGCAGAUGAUGUAAAGGUCACCUGUUUCUUUGGAUGAGGAUGUCUUGUGGCCAGCACAAUGACCAACUGACUUUUCUUCCCCAAACUAAUUUUAAGAUUCAUUUGAUGAUAGUAACAUUAUGCAGUAAGGAGACUUAUAGUUUGGUCAAAAGUAAGGCUUGUUAUAUCUCUUCUUCAAACUUCUUACUGUAUUAUCAAGGCAGACACUAUUUAUGUUGCAAUAUAGAUUUAAGCAUAAUAGAUAAAUGUAUCUCUUUGAUAAAUGGUUUUAAUCUAAAUGUGAUCUCAUAGCACAGUAAUUGCACAGAUAGUAUCUUUGAGCAUUUACUACAAGCAUUAACAUGAACUAACUAAACUCAGGAAACUCCCCACUUGACACUUCCUCAUGACUUUGAUACAUUUGUACAAUGUAUAUUAUUUGUCCUAGAACCACAGGAAUUUCUUCAGUGACCUUUACAGAGCUUUGAUCUGGGUUGUGAGGUGCAAGUUCAUUAGACUAGGAUUGAACUUUUCUUUAUCCUAGAACUUGCAGUCUUUCUUGAAAAGUCAUCUAUACAUUGGAUGAUUGAACUGCUGUCCAAAAGAUAUUGAAAUGAUGUGCCAUGAAACUUAAAAAGGCUACCAUGUGCAUUUCUUUGUUUAGUUUUGUAUACUAUAUAGACGAUAGUAUAGUUUUAAAAAAAGCAAAACAAUUAUUUUUUUUGGCUUUGUUAAUAAGUUUAAUAUUCAAUGUAAAUACAUUUACUACUUUUAUUUUCUUUUGUAAAUUUUAGAGAAAAAAAAUGCUGUUACAUCCUAUAAUACUUAGUCAAAACUUACACUUCAUUAUAUUAAGUAGUGAAAAGCUUACCAGCAUCAGUUCACUAACCUCUUUUUCUAACAGUGGUCAUAUGUUUUCAAUAUUUAAAUGAUGUUACAUCUCAUACAUUUUAAUCAUGAAACUGUUGUCUUUCCAUUUGACCUGAACAAAUUGUAUCUAGCCUACACUUGUAACAGUGUGUACAUCCUUUGCUAUUCAAUUUAGAUGAAGUUGAGCAGAACAAAAUAAAUGUAACUCAAUUUCUUUUUUGCUGUUUAACUUGUGAAGCCUAUUAUUUAAUAAUAAUAAAUUGAGCAUAAUGUUUCUAGGCUAAGUUAAUCUGAUAAUGUUCAUUUUGUUAACCAAUUAUUUUAAUACCUAAUUGCAGACAGCUUUUAGCUAUAUAUUAUAUACAUAAUUGACUAGAAUUAAAUGCUAAUUUUUAUUGAAACAAUUGGCGCUGUAUUUCUGAUUCUUUUAAUAUGAAGGGGAUGGCAAGAAAUAUGUUCAUGAGAGUUUACACUAGAACUUUAUGAAACUGUCAACACAACAAUAGCAAGUAUGAGUUUGAAGAAAACAUAUCAGCUUAUGCUAUUUGUGAAGUGAUACACAGAAGAGUUCAAAUCUUCAAAUUACAUUUUGACACUAUUUCUACAAAUUGCUUUGUGAAAUAUAUCCCUUAUUUUCACAUAAAUCAAAAUUAAAUAGUAAUGUCUAAAUAGUGAUAAUUUUGGUAAAUUCUAUUGAAUGUCUAGUCCCAUACUUUUGUUGGGACUGCUUUUUGACAUUUUAUUUUUUCUAUUCUGUUCACUAAUCUGUAUUGUGUAAGUAUAACUUUGUUUUCUCAAGCCUUGUACUAUUUUUUUCAAUUGUUCAUUUAAUCAGAAACUUGAAGUAAAAGAAGUCUAUUGAUCAAUCUUUUCAAAAAAUAGAAUUGUAUUUUUUAAAGCAAAAUAUUUUUCGUAUCAUAUUUAUAGAAUUGAUCUAGUUCAACAAAUAUAAUGCAAAAUUUUUUUUUCUUAUGACUAAAAUUUUUUAUUUUCUUAUCUAUCUUAAUUAGACCAUUGUGAUGUUGAUAAAAAUUGAUGCUUGCUGUCAGUCACAGAAACGUUUGUCAGGAGACUUGCAUUAGAGAGCAGUACACAUUACUUUUGUUUCUAUUGAUCAUUUAAAUUAAAUAAUAAGAAGAAACAUUGAUUUCUCAGUAUUGAAAUAAUUUUAUCCUAGUCAAUCUUUGGAGAAAAGUGCUGGUAUCUACUUGUUCCAGUAUUUGAAGCUUUUAAUAGUAACAGUCAGUUAAGUUUUCCCUUGAAAAGUAAAGUCAUUCCAAUGAGCUUUACUUGUCAUUGAUGUCAGUACAAAGGGUACUACUAAAGCAGUUGUAGAUCUACCUUAUUCAAGUGUGUCCAUGAUUUUCAUGUUUCCAAUUCUCUGCACUAUCAAAGCACAGGCUUUUUGAACUAUAAAGGUUGACAGGUUGAAGAAGCAUAGAAACAGAGCAUAGCAAAAAUAUUUGUCUCCAUUCUUAGUACACAAUCAAUGGUUGUAAAAGUUGUGGCCAUGUUAUCUUCUAACUUGUGUAACCAACUAUAACCUCAGUAUCCACAAGUCAAGUAGUUAGAUAGUUGGAUACUUUCUUGCUUAUAAUAGUUGGAUACUUUCUUGCUUAUAAUAGUUGGAUACUUUCUUGCUUAUAAUAGUGGAUACUUUCUUGCUUAUAUAGAUCCAUUUAAGGUCAUAGAUGUAUAAAAAAGGAAUAAGGUUAGUUUACUUUUUUUUUUUCCAUUUUGGAUGUCCCUUUAGAAUUGAAAUUGACAUCCUAGCCCAGACCUUUCCCAGGUUGGUGGCAGGCAAGGUUUGAAUCCAGGACCAUUGAGACGAUCAGGCAUAGAAUAUAGUUAGUAUUUGCUUUAUAAUGUUAGGACUUGUCCUUGUGAAUAGUUUCAUAUUUUAAAUAAUUGUUUUAAUUAAAACCAGCCAAAUAAAAUAACACUAAGCUUUGCAGCAUAUCUUGUGGUUUGACUUUCCUGCUAAAGUUGUCCAAUGGGAUGACUUGUAGUGUUGUGUGUUUUAGAAGUGUAAUGUUUUCAUUGAUCAGGGCCUGUAUUUCAAGUGUGUUCAUUUAACCUUUGUAUAGGAUAUCUUACCAGUAACCUUUUUUUUAUAUAUAUAUUACUAUGUAUAUCUUAUUAUUUUGUAUAUUUCUGGAACAAAGCCAAAAAAAUGUCAGCCCUUAUUGGUAUCUUGCAGUAUAGUCUGUAGCUUGUAUCAAUCAGCAAAACUAUCCUUUUAGUACAAUGGGGCAAGAUAAACAGAUGAACUGUUCUUGUGGGUUUGCAUGUAACAGUUUUUAUCAAUAUUUAUUGAAAUCAUUGCAUUAAAAUCAUUCCUCAAUAUUAUUCCCAGUUGACACUUUCUUUUAUUUUCAUCAUAAUUGGAGAUAACCCAGUUUUUUUAAAAUCUAAAAUAGCCAAUAGGAGACAAUGACUGGAGACCAUAGCCAUCCCUUUUAUAUUUUUUUAUUCAGAACAACAAUCUACUUGUUUUACACAUUUCAAAAUUUUUUUUAUUUUUUUUAUACCAAAAUAAGUUAGAAACAAAAUAUCAGAAGUCAUUUCAUGUGACUGAGAACCAAGUCAUUUUGUUGAAUGUUUUUCUAAAGAGUGCUAACUAUGCCAAGUAGACUGUCUCGGGGUUCCAUACCUUGUGUUCUAAUGAAACAUGUUUUUUUAUCACUGAAAUAAUGGAGCUUUAUUUCUAGAUUUGGUAGUUUGCUUUUAUUUUUCCCUUUGACUGUUGUGUAUAGUUCAUUUUGUGUGUUCUGACUGAUGUACAUAGAGCUCUCCAACCUUUUUCAUUGAUUUGGUGUGCUUCUGCAUUAAAUUCCUUUCCAUUCAA